AUGAUUCACGAUAGCGAUCGUCGUAAAUUUGGAUCACGUGCAAUAAUUGGGCUUUUCCAAAGUAGGCCUCAUAUUGAGCUUAAAAUUAAAUUUCUGCACAGAAAGCAAACGACGAUGUAUCUCCAGUGCUAUAUCAACGAGAAGGGCGAGAAGGUUUACACCACUAAGAAGGAAUCACCGCUCGGAUUAGCCACUGAAUCUGCCCAUCCAGCCCGAUUCUCCCCUGACGAUAAAUACUCGAAGCAGAGAGUUUUGAAUAAGAAGCGGUUUGGUAUCUUACCGACCCAGGGUGCACCUGUCAAGUACUGA